AUGACCGGCGGUGGAAAAUCUGGUGGCAAGGCCUCUGGCUCCAAGAACGCCCAAUCUCGUUCGUCCAAGGCUGGUCUGGCCUUUCCUGUCGGCCGUGUUCAUCGUCUCCUCCGCAAGGGUAACUAUGCUCAGCGUGUCGGUGCUGGCGCUCCCGUCUACCUCGCUGCUGUUCUCGAGUAUCUUGCUGCCGAAAUCCUCGAGCUUGCCGGCAACGCCGCUCGUGACAACAAGAAGACACGUAUCAUUCCUCGUCAUCUCCAGCUUGCCAUCCGAAACGAUGAAGAGCUGAACAAGCUACUGGGACACGUCACCAUCGCACAGGGUGGUGUUCUGCCCAACAUCCACCAAAACCUUCUGCCCCAGAAGACUGGCAAGGGAAAGAGCGGCAAGAACGCCAGCCAAGAACUGUAA